UCUCGAUCUGGUGUCUUACCUCAGGAGCUCCGCCAAGCUGACCUAAAAAUUUCUCGAUUUUUAUAUUAAUCUAGUCCUAUUUCUUAAACUGUUUAUAGUAUUUAUAGUAGCUGAUAGUAUAUUAUAAUAUUCUCAUUCGAAACGCUUUUUAUAACACUAGUUUUAUUUUAUUUUGUUCUAGAACACCCGCUUCUAGCCGGUUAGCCCAUUAGCAUCGCUAGCCCGUUAGCACAGCUACCACAAGUUUGUUUACGCUUCUCACCGAUUAUUUCUGUUACACUACUGCUCUAAAACACCAUGUCGGUUGUGUGUCUGCCUUUGAGUGCAGGUGAGGAUACACCCGAGCUGCACUCGGUGGAUCUGGAGUUGGAGGCCGUGGAGAAACAGAUCCGCGACCUACAGGUGAAGCAGGCCCAGCUGCGACAGCGGAAAGCCGCGCUGGAAUCGUCCCGGACUGACGCUCACCUGUCCCAGGUAAAUCCGCGGCGGGAAACAAACACUCCCAAAACCUCAACUCCGCGUAUUUCUCUGUCCAGGCCUAGUGCACCAAGGUCGCGGCCCGCCCAGGUUUCGUUCACUCCGGCGCCGGGGUACCACGGAGCCUGGAUGCAGCAGCAGCGGAAGACACGAGCCAGGACCCGGGCGAGGACCUCUCCCCCUCCGCCGCCACCCGUUUUCGAGAUCUCGACCAGGAACCGCUUCGCUCCACUUCGCGAGUCGGAAAGCGACGCGGUGAUCAUCGGAGACUCCAUCGUCCGGCACGUCCGUGCUACCACGGCUAAAGGUAAGGUGCGCACUCGCUGUUUUCCUGGUGCUCGUGUUCUCGAUGUUGCUGCACAGGUACCCGCGAUCCUGAAUGGGAAGAACAUCGGAGCUGUGGUCCUCCAUGCUGGCACGAACGACACCAGGCUGAGGCAGACGGAGAUCCUGAAGAAGGACUUCAGAAGCCUGAUUGAGAAGGUACGCAGCACAUCGCCCACGACGAGGAUCAUCGUGUCAGGACCGCUUCCCACGUUCCAGCGAGGAAUCGAGAGGUUCAGUAGGCUAUUUGCUUUUAAUGAAUGGUUACAGUCAUGGUGUCAAGACAAGAAAUUACCCUUUAUUGAUAACUGGAAUAUUUUCUGGGAGCGUCCUAGGCUCUACCACACUGACGGCCUGCACCCAAGCAGAGCUGGAGCAGCGGUCCUCUCGGACAACAUCUCUAGGACACUACGCACCAUCUGACUGCUACACUCCUGAGCUGCCGGUGAUCCAGACCUCCCCCCCUUCACUCUGGACCUGUCCACCGGCAAUGCUUCAUACUGCCACGAAAACGCUUCAGCUGUUUUCCAUGGACUACACCAACACACAUUGUGCUCACACACACGCACACUACAGUGUAAACCCAUAUGAGGAUGGGUUCUCUGUUGAGCCUGGUUCCUCUCAAGGUUUCUUCCUAUCACCAUCUCAGGGAGUUUUUCCUUGCCACCGUCGCCCUGCUUGCUCAUCAGAGACGGCACACACACACACUUCACUUUACUUUUGUUUGUGUAAAGCUGCUUUGAGACAAUGACCUUU